CGCACGUGUCAAGGUUGUGUUGAUCAGUCGACCGUCAAGAUUGCGGCCACAAACUGCCUACAAAGUGACUAUUCGGAAUCCAAUUUUUGGUAGCAUCACCAUGGCGGGACGUGCAAUCCUCCUGCUCUCACUGCUUGCAUCAUGCCAGCAUCUCGUCAUGUCGAAGCCGAAUGGGGCGCCCUCCUCCGCCUGUAUAAACAUGGUGCCUCAACACAGAGUGGAUCCCCAGACGAGCAAGGCACCUUUCACAAUCGAAAUCUCAAAGAGUAAAUACGCAGUCAACGAACCCGUUGAAGUAACUCUUCUUGGGACUGGUGGUGAGCAGUUUGAGGGGUUCUUGCUCGAGGCACGACGGGUCGACCCCAAUGCCCCAGGUGGUACCAGUGAGCUGAUUGGAACCUUUGCCGUUCCUGCUGGUUUGGGGUCAGAGGUCAAGACAACGUGCCCAGGAUCAAAAGGGAAUGGUUUAACACACGCCAAGCAGCAAAAGAGGUCGUCGUUGAAAGUGACGUGGACGGCUCCCAGCGGCAAAACUGAGGGACAUUUGGAAUUCAGAGCCACUUUCGUGAAGAAUAUCGGUACAUUCUGGAUCAACGUGAAGUCCCCGAUUCUGGAUGAUCCUUCGGCUGCACCUCUUCCUUCACCGACACCUGCUACUUUCGAUCCGAUCAAACAAAUCGUGACAAAUGGCGAGUGUGGGGUGACGAAAGGAUGUUUCCUCCACCCUGCCGAAUGCACGGAGAGCACCUGCGAAUACCUCCUGACCUAUCGCGUCAACGGGGAUUAUGUCGAUUUUGAGAUGAGUGCAAAAACUUCUGGUUAUAUUUCUGUCGGAUUCUCAUACAAUCAGAAAAUGGACCUUGAUAGCGUGAUUGACUGCAUCUACGAUUCCCAGGUCCCUUCAGUGAACAUCCAGCAUUCAUACAAUGGUGGCAAAAACAACGAAGUUAUCGCGAAUGCGAAAACCGGCCUGUCCAACAUGACAGGUUACUUCUUCAAGGACCGAGUCUCCUGUCGUUUCCGUCGGUUGAAGGUCAUCACAAAUAACGCCAAGAUCUACUCCCUCGAUCAGAAGUAUUACGUCCUGUUAGCCCGUGGAAAGAGCUCUGGUGGUUUGAAACUCCGACACGAUCUCAGCAUCCUUCCCAAGAUUUCCACUCAAGAAGUCGACGUCAAAUCCUUAUCCAGUGUCAGCGGUGGCGGGGGCAAUUAUGGACUGGCCAAGGCCCAUGGCUGCUUGAUGGUCUUGGCGUGGGUGUUCUUUGCCAGCUUUGGAAUGCUUUCGGCAAGGUAUUACAAGACCAUGUGGCCAAAUGCUGGGCUAUGCAGCGAGAAAGUCUGGUUUGCGGUGCAUCGUUUCUGUAUGUCGUCCGCUGUCAUUCUCACUUGUAUUGCUUUCAUCCUUAUCUUUGUGAUGAACGAGGGCUACAGCUAUGGGCUUGAAGGUCUUCCACAUAAAGCGCAUCCUAUCCUUGGUAUUAUUGUAACGAUUCUCUGUAUCCUGAAUCCUUUGAUUGCCCUGUGCCGUCCUCACCCCAAAGACAAGAAUCGACCGAUCUUUAACUGGGUUCACUGGGCCAUUGGAACCAUAACACACAUACUUGCCAUUGUAACUAUGUUUAUUGGCCUCGAUCUCGGCAAGGCGGAAACCCCAUGGUAUGCGACCUGGUUCCUUGUGGCCUUUGUUAUCUUCCAUUGCUGUGUCGAGCUAAUCUUGGAGAUCCACCAGUGCUGCACUGCCAGGAGAAAUCACGAAAAAGCAGAGGAGUUCGAAAUGGAAAAGGAGAGGAGACCACGAGAUUAUCUUAAUGAACCGUCCCCAUCGGGCCGUUUCUUCAAGAUGUUCUUCUAUAUUCUCCACGCAGUUGUUGUCGGCGGCCUCGCCAUCGUGUUAGUACUUAUGAUCGCCAUUGGACGUGACAAACUUGGCUAGGCCGUUAGUCUGAGAUGAUGAGGGUCGUGCGCAGAAAGCUGCUAAAGGCCUACAGUGUUGUUUAUAAUGUAAUACAGUCCCAGUCAUAAUUGACAUACCCUCUGCGUGGCGUGAGCUGCACACAUGCCACAACCUACACUCGUUGAUAAUGAUGGUAAUAGUGUUAGUGAGUUUAAAUGUAUAGCGCUUUUCACUGUAUUAUAUACUGUCUCAAAGUGCUUUACAAUCGCAAACAUUAUUCCGUGAACAAAUACCACUCCGGUGCUGUAUACAUGUGUGCUGCUUGCGGUUUACUCACUGGGAGUGUACAUAACGCCAUGAAGGUUCUCGUACAUGUAUCUUACGCAAAACAAACAAUUUUACUGGGAAAAUAAAUGGGUGUGAGUGGGUGCAGCUCGCACAAAGUUUAAGUAGAUUGUGGCCAAAGCAUUUGUGCAACUCGCGUGCUGGGUUUUGCGUACUUGUAUGUUAUGAGUGAAAUACGUAUAACAUACACAAAUCUAGGGAUGUCAAUUAUGACAGGAAAUGUGGUAUUGACCGAUUUUUUUGGCUGUAAGCUCAGAAACAUUUCACAUUUAUAUAACGAGAGUAUCGUCAUGAAAUUUUGCCAUGAAGUUUAUCAAACUUGCCCCAACCACAAAGUGGGCUUAGCACCUUUCUGCUUUAGACCCUCUACUCGUGCAUGCAUUAUGUAAAAAAGAUGGUGUAAGUGUGUGAACACUCAUUCAUACGGCGAUUCUGUUUAUAGAUUGUUGUCAGGUGUUGAUGCAUUGUCUUCACAACUUCAGCAGACCCUAUGUGCAAUUCUGAUAACAAAUGUCGAUGGAGUCUCAUCUUUCUUACAUACAUGUAAUGCAUCGAGAUUGAAACUUUUGCCACUUCCUGAACAAAGCUGCUUGUAUAUUUCUUAUAACGCUUAACUUUAUUAUUAAACUGCUGGGUGUUUAGCCAAUGCAAUACUGAUGAAAUAUAUACUGCAAUACUGAAGAAAUAUUCUGUGUCAUGUCCAAAACCACUGUGUACAAGUGUGGUGUAGGCAGACCCUGCUAUACCUACAAGAAGAACACUCCAAUGGCCUAAUUUUUUGUUGUUAAGGGAGGACAAGUGCACAUAUUAAUACCGACAGGGUAUUGCCCAAUGGAAAAAUACCCGAUUCGCAUUGAAAUACCCUGCGCAACAAAAGAAUCGAAUCAAUGGACUCACCUUCGGGAAAUAUAGCUCUGCUUGUUUGUGCACAGUGAAAACAUGUUUGUAAGUUAAUAAAUGUGACCGUCACAGCAAAACCAGACGCAUGUCGCACAGAAGAUGAGGUUAAAUGACACCAGGAGGUCAUGGAAGAAAUUGAUGUGCUCAUAUUUCACAGAAGGCAGACAAUAGAGAAUUGAACGAACAGUCCGUCUCAACCUGCCAGGAUCAGAGCGACAUGCGCCUGGUUUUGCUGUGACAGGUCACAAAUGUCAUUGUUUAAGUUAUAAUAUUUAGAAAUUUUCAACAAAGGAUUUUGUAAAUUUUGAAUACUGAGUAUUACGUGUAACCCUUCAACUGCCACCAUCGCCGAAUUGCGACGAGCGCCCAUGUGUUAUUCACCAUUGAGUUUCAUUGAAAAAUCGUCUGCUUCGCAGUCUUCCCGGCUACUGAUGGAUGGCGUGCAGGUGAUCGUUUCUAUGGCGGUGGCGAGGAAUCUAACUCUUCUUCGCUUCAAGCUACAGUCUUUUCAAAACAGGUUAUUGGAAAGUUUUAAAAUUAUAAAAAAUAUACAUGUAUUCGGCAGUUUAAGGGUUAACAAAGCAAUAGCGUGAAACACUAUAAACAUUGGCUAAUGUGAACUGAAGGACAAUCUGCUCAGGUCCCAAUAACGUUACAUGUAGGUGCUUUGGGAUCAGGGCCUUGUUGUACAAGACAAGUUUUGUCGCUUCCGCUGGCGUGAAGUUCUCUCGGUGUUAUCUCCUUCAGUUAAGUUCAUUUGACUAAACACCAAGUUACUUUCAUAUAUUUGAUAUGUAGGAAGAAGGGUGUUCACGAAUGUAAAUUAAGUUGUUUCAACUCAAUUGCGAUAAUGAUAAUGUAGGAUGUCAUCUUGGUUUCUUCUACUUACUUAAGUCCACCGAAACAGAAAGAUUUUUUUAUGGAAUAUAUAAUGAGAAUUAUUAGUGUUUUACAUGUAGGUGUCAAUCUAUUUUAUUCGCCUGAAAGAGAAUUUGUGAUGUACAUGUAGUCUAGAUUGUACCUCUUGUAGGACUUGUGAUGUCUCUCUGUAUCUUUACCAGAGUUCUCCACAAGCCUUUCCAGCCGGGCCCUGCACCCGGUUCGCACACACAGGAAUCAGGGGCAGCUGGAUCAAAAAAAAUUCAUCAUGUGUCGUAGAGUCACAUCUAACCCACUUCUCAUAGAUACUACAUAUCUCUUAUUUUAAAAGACAUGAAAAAUGCCUUGAAGACCAACGCAAGUCUAUGAAAAUACCAUGAAAUCACUGUAGACAAAAAAGGAUUUUUUUCAGCCCUCUCAAAAGUAUAACUCAACUCGCGCUGUGCGAAGAACUCUGCUUUACAUGUUUUAUGAGCAUGUAAUUCUACUGCGCUUCCAUCUUUUCAACUACAUGUAUGCUUUAUCAUCUCGGGCUGUGCGAAGAACUCUGCUUUACAUGUUUUAUGAGCAUGUAAUUCUACUGCGCUUCCAUCUUUUCAACUACAUGUAUGCUUUAUCAUCUCGGGCUGUGCAAAGAACUCUGCUUUACAUGUUUUAUGAGCAUGUAAUUACUGCGCUUCCAUCUUUCAACUACAUGUAUGCUUUAUCAUCUCGGGCUGUGCGAAGAACUCUGCUUUACAUGUUUUAUGAGCAUGUAAUUACUGCGCUUCCAUCUUUUCAACUACAUGUAUGCUUUAUCAUCUCGGGCUGUGCGAAGAACUCUGCUUUACAUGUUUUAUGAGCAUGUAAUUACUGCGCUUCCAUCUUUCAACUACAUGUAUGCUUUAUCAUCUCGGGCUGUGCGAAGAACUCUGCUUUACAUGUUUUAUGAGCAUGUAAUUCUACUGCGCUUCCAUCUUUCAACUACAUGUAUGCUUUAUCAUAAUCAUAUCGCUUUUUUUAAUAACAUCAUCGUGUUGUUAUAUGUAAAUCAUUGCUUUUGUUAUGAUUUCGAAUAUAUUAUUGAAGUAGUGGUAAUUUUAUAGGGUUAGGUCCAAGAUAGAUUCAAGUUUUCUAAUCUGUCUUUGGUUUAAAGUUUAUGUAGAUCAUUAGCCGGUUAGUAAGAAAUGAUCUAGUUGGCAACUUCCAAUUUUCUAGAAUAUAGAAUUUGAACUAUAAGAAUAUUGAAUUUUCAACAUUUUUCGUACGUGUCAAAAUACUAUGUUAAUGUAGAAUCUCAAUAUUUUGGAUUCUUCUAUAAUUUUUUUUUCUCAUGAGAUCCUGCAGAAUCAUUGUAGGAACGAUCUAUGCAAUUGUUUCAGUACCAAGUACUAGUAUUAUAACACUUAAUACCAGUACAUUUAAAGUCUCACUGUAUUCGAUUCAACUCUUAGCAAGCUGAUACAUACUACAAGUUGUAGCCAGAGACCUCUAGCUUCUUGCUUCUUUUUCUGUGUAAAGUGCAUUACCCCUAAGUGGGCACAUAGUGCAUCUUUCACUGGAAAGAGUGAUUCACUGUGAUCAAAGUGUUUUGUAAUGUGUAUUAAAAGCCUAUCCCGUUUGUAAGAAAAUAAAAAUUAGUAAUUGAAUUUGAAAAUUUCCAAUUUGUUUAAAUGCAUGCGAAAUAUAUGAAUAUGAAUAUGAAUAUUUAUUCGACCAACAAAAUUUACAAGGUGCAUUAAUGAAAUACAUGAUAUUGAUUGUGGUCGGGAGCAGAACAAGACCAGAUUGGCCGCUUAAUGCCUGCUCCCUUAUGAAUUACAUGUAGUACAAUGUUAAUUAUUAUAUACAGGAUUUACAAUUUAAUUUACAAGACAGUUCUAUUUUACAGUGAAGGAGUGAGUAAUAACAGUUAUAAGAGUUAUAACUUUCAGCAUUGCUGUUGUGCAGACAGAUAUACAUGUACAGCCAAUUCGUAUGGAUAACUACACUACAGCAUUGUGUAUAAUUGCACUUCUAUUUCCCUGGACCACCAGUCAUUACAAACGGCGUACCCCUUUGAAGGCUGUGCUGAAAAUAAUCCCAUCCAUCAAGAUUCCUGUGUGGUUGGCCGAAGUUCUGACGAGAAUCUCGAAUGGAUAAAAAAAUUGUAAAUAGGAAUUAUGAUAUUGUUAAAAGCAUGACAUUUUUUUAAUUGAACUUUAAACUUAUCUUAUUAGCAAAAAAGGUACAAUGUUUAUAUGUUGAAAUAAAAUAUUAAAUUGGC